AGGUAAAAUACGGAUUUACAGAAGGAGAACUGAAGAAGGCCAGAAGCUGUGUUCGUGGGGUAGCUAAUUGUAAUUAAACACAAAUUCAUGGAAAAGCUUUAAAAAUAUUGGCGAACCAGGCCGUCCUUGGGUUUGAUUGACGUCCAUUUACAACCAUUCCAUCUUCGAAAUAGUGAUUCUCUUAAUGUCGACGUCGGUGGCUUGAAUCGUUCAUCAUGUCAAAUAAUGAUAAUGAUUCUGAUGUGGAAUAUUCUGAAACAGAAGAAUGUGGUUAUGAUGAUUACUACAAUCCUUGUGAUGAUGCCGACAGUGAAUCGAUGAACCAAAAGAAGUGUGAUCCUGAACAUUUUGAAUUUGAAUGUCUAACGGUUGAUCAGGUGGAUAGGUUAUUGAAUGAACUGGUUGAAACUUUAAGCAGUCGGCUGAGGUUGACACCGUCUCUUUCAAAACUGCUUCUACAUGCUCAUAACUGGGCUUUAGACUCAGUCAUUAAAAUGUAUCUGGAAGAUUCUUCUCAACUUCUAGUUCAAUCUAAACUUAAACCAGAUAAAACUCCUGUGGUGAAAACCUUAUCCAAAACUCUAGUUUGUCCCAUUUGCAUUAUUAUGCUACCCAAAGAUGUCUUUUGUGGAAUUGGUUGCAGCCACCUCUUUUGCAAGGGAUGUUGGAAUGCUUAUCUUGAAACUCAGGUCAUGCAUGGUGUGUCUACAGCAACUGAAUGCAUGGGAUGUUCUGUUAUGGCAACAGAAGACUUUGUCUUGCCUUUAUUAGCCACGCCUCAACUAAAGGAACGUUAUGUUCGCCAUGCCUUCUCCGACUAUGUCAGAUCCCAUCCUGAACUGAGAUUCUGUCCGGGUCCGAAUUGUAACAUAAUUAUACGGGCCAAAGAAAACAAAGGCAAGCGGAUAGUUUGCAGCUCAUGCAAGACGACAUUCUGUUUUCGAUGUGGAAGCGAAUAUCACGCUCCCACCGAUUGUGAAACGAUUCGACAUUGGCUGACCAAAUGUGCAGAUGAUAGCGAAACUGCCAACUACAUCUCUGCUCAUACUAAGGUGUGUCCCAAGUGCCAAAUUUGUAUAGAAAAGAAUGGAGGAUGUAACCACAUGCAAUGUUAUGGCUGUAAACAUGACUUUUGCUGGAUGUGUCUGGGUGAUUGGAAGACUCACGGAUCAGAAUAUUACCGUUGUUCACGCUAUGAGGAAAAUCCCAACGUAGCCAAUGAGUCUUCUCACGCUCGGGCCAAAGAAGCCUUGAAAAAAUAUCUCCAUUACUUUGAAAGAUGGGAGAAUCAUGCAAAGAGUUUACGAUUGGAGGAGCAAACAUUGCAACGGAUCCGUGAGCGUAUUCAGUGUAAAGUCAUGACCGGCACAGAUGGUACUUGGAUUGAUUGGCAGUGUUUAUUGGAUGCUGCCGCCUUGUUGGCACGCUGUAGGUAUACUCUUCAGUAUACUUACCCUUACGCUUACUACAUGGAUGCAGGUCCUCGAAAGGAAUUGUUCGAGUACCAACAGGCUCAGUUGGAAGCCGAAAUAGAAAAUCUAUCGUGGAAAGUGGAACGGGCCGAAACGACCGAUAGAGGCGAUCUGGGCAUUCAAAUGGACGUUUGCGAGAAACGGCGCACCACGCUAUUGCAAGAUUUCCUAGAGUCGUGAAAUAUUUGCUGGUUAGCAAAUGGAUUGAAUAGGAUUUGAAAAUUUUUACCAACGCGCCUGUAACUACGGUCGAUAGGUUUUUGGCUUUUACCUGUCGCUUUAGAUAGGAAUCGAAAUUGCGAUUGUCUAUUGUCAUUUGAUAUUUUUCGUCCUAUACGUUUAUCAGUUGUCCUCAACGUUUUUUGUUUUUCGUUUUUUUUUACUGCGAAAUUUUCUUUUUAGUUUUGUUUCGUAUUCCCAUAGUAACAAAUGAAUAAAUUGCAUCACUGAAACGUUUA